AUGGCCGAAAACCAAGACGCUGUUGAGUUGCAAACUAUAAAAGGUCCUGUUGCACAUUAUAAACGGCCAAUUAGAUCGUACAAAGUCAGUUUUGCUGGUAUGUAUGGUGUGGGUAAAACAAGUUUGUUAAGAAGAAUAUUAAAGGAAGGUUUCAGCGACAUAAAACCGCCAUCUUCCGUAGGUAUAGUCCGGCGUAUAGAUACACGCAAACACGAGGAAAUAUUGCACGAACAUGAAACUGUAAUACCGUUCGUAUUUUGGGAUACAGCCGACAUGGAAAGAUAUGACCUGUAUGAUGAAAUCGUGCCGUAUAGUUGUCAUCGAGGCAGCCAUUUUAUUCUUCUAGUAUAUAGUGCUGUUGACGAGGAAUCGUUCUAUGAAUUGCUCCGUAUUGCUGAGGAUCUCGAACGAUAUGGACGUGUACCUCCAGCAAAAGUAAUUCUUGUUAGAAAUAAAAUUGACUUGCCAAUUGGGGAAGAUGGUGUUCUAGAAGAAAAAGAGAAAGAAUUUCUUCGUAGAAUGAAUUUGAAAGAGAAUUUUUUGGCAAAUUUUUGGACAUCAGCAAAAACUAACGAAGGUGUAAAGGACUUGUUAAGAGAACUUGGGAAGCAUUCGUUGAAAAUGUUUGAAAGCAGAAGGGAAUCUGAAGAUCAUAAUGUGAGACUAGAUAUUGAUGCCAAUAAGCAAGAAAAUCAGGGAUUUAGCUGUUCACUAGGUUAAACCAUCGUUUAUGAAGCCACAAUGUGCACUACUUAAGUAUACUUUGUAAUUUGACUUGGUGAUUUAGCAUCCACAUUUUAUUCCACAACCAUAGUCUAUCAAGAAAUGAUUGUCUGGAAACUAAACAGAAGUCGUUGUAUUAUAUUUUUGUCCGAGUUUAUGUUAAUUUGUACACGGUCACGGUGAUUAAGCGCUCAUUCAAGCCCAAUAGACCCAUUGCACUGACGUCACAAAUCCUUAGAGUGCCUUCCAGAUGCUCCCUAAGUCCCCUACUGACAAUAUCUGUUCGGGUACAACAACCGCAUACAGCGCAAAAAUUAACCAUUUUAAUACAAAAUUACUAUAAAGUUUUACAAAAUUUGCU